CGCCAUACUUUACAUCUAGUCUUCAACCUGAAAUGAAUAGUUUCAGAAUGCUGUAUAUUUCUACCUCUUUGUAAAGACACAGUAGACUAAAGGUGCAAUGGACUCAUGUUGCUGGAGACUGAGGAGGAGGGGAACAAGAGAUUCUCUGUUCUUCUCUGGGGCGAGUUUCCCACCUGAUUGGCUCGUCUACAGUGAAACACUCAUCAAACUCAAUGUCUACGACGUGAAGGACGGCUGCCAACAAACAAGCAGUCUUUUCGGAAGUACCAGCUUCUCUCUGGCCAAUCUCCUCCAGUCCAAAGACCAACAGCUCUCUCUCAACCUGAAGACAACAGAUGAUUCAUCUACAGUGGGCACAGUGGUGGUGAGCAAGGUGAAGAUGGGCGAGAUUGAAGAUGGAGAGGUGGACCACAUUACUGCUGACUUGCACCAGAAGUGCACACUGGUGUACGAGUCAUCACAUGGAAAAAUGAAUGACAUUGAUAACGGACCAAUGAUGAAUGCUGUGUUUAAGAAUGCCGUGUGUAAGGUGUACCGGUUUCAGACGGUGGACAGUAAAUGGAUGUUGGUUCGGGAGCAGAUGGCGGAGUGCACACUGUCCUUCAGCAUCCCCAAACAGCUCAUCACCCUCUACAUUAAAGAGGACACCUGCAGGAUACAGGAGUUGAAUGAUCUGGGAGAACUUUCUCCACACUGGGACAACCUGCGGAAGGAGGUCAUAUUUCGCUAUGACCAGAUCAUCAAGGAAUACCAGGACACCCUCACUGAGCUCAAGAAACUUACUGGACCAUCUUUCAAGCCCAGCUGCAGUAAAGGGCAGAAAUAUCUGGAGUUCAUUCCCAUCAACUUACACACACAGAGAAUGACGGUGACAUGUCCACGGAAAACAGAUUCGUUCUAUGAUGUGGUCACAGUUGGAGCUCCAGCAGCUCAUUCGCAAGGAUUCAAGAACGGAGGCUUGCAGAGACUGCUCAGCAAAUACGAAUCAGAGAAGAAGAGCUGCAGUACAGCGUAUCAGUGCAUCUACUAUCCUCCAGAUCAGACGGCCAGGGCCAGGAUAAUCCUGAGUCUAGUGUCCCAGCUGCAGCCUCUCAUCACUGGGCUGGCAGAGCAGCUCCUGCAAGCGGCACAGCAACAGUCCAGAGAGGGACUGAAGGACACACUCAAGAGCCUGGAGGAGAAGACGAAGCAGUUUGUGCACACUCUGAAGGAUGAGUUGGUAAAGAGCGCCCUCCUAGCCCUACACGCCGCCCGUCCCGGCUAUGUCAGCAAAUCUUUCUCUCCGUCCAGCCCACCUGAGGUUGAAUCGAACCCCAGUGUGACUACAAAGCCGUACACAGUCUGCAACAAUGUGGACAGCUCACAGACGCCCCCUAAAGACAGAAAACCAUCUCCACUCCGCUCAGACUCCAUCCCUCACCACAAGGAGUAUGAUGAGGAAGAAUGGGACAGGGUGUGGGCCAGCGUGGCCAAGAGUUUAAACUGUGUCAUCGCCAUGGUGGAAAAGUUACAAGAACAAGACAACAACAACCAAGAUUCAACUCCUGGCCACGCCCUUGCUGAUGUCAUCACCUCACACAACCCUGUUGCAGAUUGGUGCGAGCAGCUCGGCAUCCUGGUGCAGUCCCUGAAGGAAUGUGUUGCUGAAGUGUCAGAGAGAGCGUGUCGCUCCAUGAGUUUUGUGUUGCUGCAGGAAGCAGCGUGCAGCUCUGUACAAGGCCUCCAGCUUCAGCAGAGACGAGACACGGUCUUCAGCCAAGCGCUGGCAGCGUUGGCAUGUGGAUUUGUCAUGCGCUUAUAUGCAGGUUUGGAAGAUAAGGGCUUUCUCAGACAGCUGCAUGCGGUUGGACUGGUGGCCCAGUUUGAAAGUCUGCUUAGUACUUACAGUGAGGAAAUCGGGAUGUUGGAGGACAUGGAGGUGGGAAUCUCUGACCUUCACAGAGUGACUUUCAAGAUUACAGAAGCAACGUCUGAAGAACCGGUCAAUCUGCAGCCCACUGUCAGCGGCAGACGUGACCAUUACACCGUUGAGGUGCCUCUCCCACAUCAGGCCUUCCAAACGCUCCCCGAUGAGCUCCGCGAGGGCAAGCCGCUACGUGUGUUCCCUGUGCUCUUUAACGUGGGCAUAAAUGAGCAGCAAACCAUCGCAGAGAGGUUUGGUGACAUAUCUCUACAGGAGAGAAUUAAUCAGAAGAACUUUGAGAUUCUAGAAGGUUACUAUAAAUCUUUAACAAACGCAGUGCCAUCCGAAUGCCUACCCUGUUUUCAGACACAGACUGACAUUAAGGGACUGCUCGACACCCUCGGACAGAACGUUGUUACCAAGAAAAGGAAGAACGUGGAGAUUCUGUGGCUUGCGGGAAUGAUCUGUCGACGGAUGAACGGCAUCCGCUUCACCAGCUGCAAAAGUGCUAAAGACCGGACGGCAAUGUCAGUGACGCUGGAGCAGUGCUCUCUACUGAGAGAUGAACACCAGCUCAAUAAAGAUUAUUUUGUACGCGCUCUGGACUGCAUGCGGAGAGAAGGCUGCCGGAUUGAAAAUGUGCAAAAGAAUAUAAAGUGCAGAAAAUAUGCGUUCAACAUGCUGCAGCUGAUGGCGUUUCCCAAAAUCUAUCGGCCACCUGAAGGAACCUAUGGAAAGGUGGACUCCUGAAACAUAUCCAGGAUAUACACUUCACCAUUAAUUCCUAAAGUCCAUAUGUACAGAAAAUCUGGGAUUUCUUUUUACAGCAUUUUAUAUCCAGCGUUUUAGGAUUUUGAAAAAAUGUGAAAGUUAUAAUGUAAAAAUAAUAUGAAAUAUUGAAGAUUUUGCACUACUUUCAGGUCACUAAACAAAUACAGUAUAAGCACAUCUGUGACCAUGUUAACUUCUUAAGUUGCUAUUGUGUGAUAUAAACGCUCAGUUGCGAAAUAUAGAAGAUAAUACUGUUCCUCCCAAUUACACAUUUUUCCCAAUUUGGAACGCCCAAUUUCCACUACUUAGUAGGUCCUCGUGGUGGCGCGGUUACUCGCCUCAAUCUGUGUGGUGGAGGACUUCUGAGACCGUCAAUCGGUGCAUCUGAUCACGUGACUCGUUGUUUAUGACACCGCGGAGACUCACAGCAUGUGGAGACUCAUGCUACUCUCCACGAUCCACACACAACUCACCACACGCCCCAUUGAGAGAACCACUAAUCACCACCACGAGGAGGUUACCCCAUGUGACUCUACCCUCCCUAGCAACCGGGCCAAUUUGGUUGCUAAGGAGACCUGACUGGAGUCACUCAGCACGCCCUGGAUUCAAACUCGCGACUCCAGGUGUGAUAGUCAGCGUCAGUACUCGCUGCGUGACUUUAUUUCUUGGAAUUACGAUUUGUAAAGUUACAAUUGGGAGAAAUAAAGUCGCAAUUGAAAGAAACUGUGGAAAUUGUGAAAUAUAAAGUUGCUAUUUAGUGAUAUAAACUCGCAACUGCUAAAUAUAGUCAAUAAUACCUCACAAUUGUGACUCUGUAUCUCACAAUUUCAAUCGUGCAAUGUAGUCAAUAAUACGUCUUUAAACUCACAAUUCCAACUUGGUUUAAAAAUCACAGUUGCGAGUUUAUAUAACGUAACUGCGACUGUUUCUUGCAAUUGCGCGUUUAUAUCAUGCAAUUGUGACCGUAUAUCUUACAAUUCCAAGAAAAGUCCGAAUUGUGAGAUAUAAAGUCGGAAUUAUCAUUCGCGUGGCGGGAUCAAAGCACCACACUUGAUGUAAUAUGAUUGUUUUGAAACAUUGAAAAUAUGAAAAUAAUGCAUAAUAGACACAUUUUCAUCAGCCACAAGGAGUGAAUACAUUUGUCAAAUUGUUGUUGGCUUUUUGAUUUUAUUAUUUAAUAAUGUAUUUAAAAGAGAAGUCCUGCUGUUAAGGACAUACAUUUAUAUUUUAAAGACUGCAUCACGCAUUAAUACUUAAAAUAACGACUGAUGGAGCAACAAAGCAAUGUGCUAUUUAAAAAUUAUUUGAAAAUACUAAAUGUGAACUAGAACUUUUAUUUCAUCAAAUGUGUAAAAAUGUUUUAUAAUUGGACGUGGAAGGUGGGGAGUCCUUUUCAAAAUGUUGUUAUGAGUGCCAAGUUAUUGUGUGGCAGGGCGGAGGGCGGGGCCGGGUCGUGAUCUUACACACCCGGUCCCGUAUCAGGCUAAUCAAGCCUCCGAGAGGGAUAAAGGUCGACUGCAGAGGAUCGUGCGGGAGAGAGAGAUCGUUUACGGACAUGUCCGUCAUGUGUUUGUCUUUUGUUUAAGUUGUUAAUUAAAAUAUAAUUUAUAUCGUCAAGCCGUUUCUCGCCUCCUCCUUUCCAUUGAUCCCUUUACACUGGUGCCGAAACCCGGGAAGGAGGAGGGAUACGCCCUAGUAGACUUCUCGCCACUACCGUCCACCCCAACGGAGCAUCUGCCGGGGGACGAGGAGCCCAGCCGCCUGGAAGAGGACGAUGGCCGCCGACCGCGAGGGGAGAAGGGGCUCCUAACCGACCGCCUGGAGCGGUCAGGGCCGCUGCCAGGGGCGCAGGAGUCGCCUACCGGCCGCUGAAACCCUCUCGGAGGCUUAAUUAGCCUGAUACGGGACCGGGUGUGUAGGAUCACGGCCCCGCCCUCCGCCCUGCCACAUAUUGUUUGCAGCCAUAUUAGCCCACAUUCAGCGCAUGUUUGUAUAUGUUUGUUUUUUUAUUUGUACCUUUAACCUGUUUUCGUGGUGCUUUUAAUGUGUUGAAUAUCAUUUUAAUAUUUGUGUUGGAAUAUAAAGCAGUUUUACAAUAUCAUUCAUGUUUAUUAGGACAAUUCUAGUUAAAAUAUUGUUUCAGUCCGCAAUAUAGGGGGUUUGUAUAUUUCACAUGGAUGCACUUUUGCCCAUAAUCUACUGUAUAUUAACUUUAUUAAGUUUACAUAAUAUGCACUCUAUAUCUAUUGUAUAUGCGUUUUAUUGUAUCCAUAUUGUAUAAAGAACAUUCACUCUGUUAAAGGUGAAGUUAAAAUGCUUUAUCUUAUCGCAGCUUUAUACGUAUAGAAAACUAGAAGUCAGUGUAAACACUGAGGUGCUUUCAAAACAUUGCUCUGCUUGUUUGAGCAUCCCGGUGCGAGUUCUCAACUAUCUCUAUUAUAUGGCGGUUCUUUUCAGUAGUGCAUAAAUGACACAUUUCACCUUUAAAUUAUGCUACAAACAUAUUCAUAUGAAAUGUUCUCAUUUGCAGCGUUCAUUUGAGUCUAUAUUCUGUUUAUUUGUUAUUUUGGUUUUGUUUGAUUGAUACCUCUCAUGGU